UGAGGUGCGCGUGUGAGAGGGAGAGAGGCUAUGGGCGGUGAGAUGUUUGUCAGCUGACUUGGCCGAACCUCUCACAGAAGUCACAACACCGUAUCGGUUUUCCCUGACAGGUACAUGUAGCAGCUUCUCCACCGAGGCUCUGGCGUGGGAGACUGCGGCGGGUUAUGUUUCCCUGAGACGGGGGUGGGGAGGCGGAGGUCCGUGCACCACACUGCUCCACCAUGGCGGCCGAAAUCCAGCCUCGUCCGCAGGCUAGGAAGCCGUGCCUGCUGAGUAAAAUCGAGGCUUUCCAGGAGGUUGUGACCGCGGCGGCGAUCAUCCCUAAAGAAGACGGGGUGAUCAGCGUUUCUGAGGACCGAACAAUCCGAGUUUGGCUGAAGAGGGACAGCGGCCAGUACUGGCCAAGUGUUUACCACACCAUGCCAUCCUCAUGUUCCUGUAUGUCCUUUAACCCAGAAACCAGGAGGAUAUCUGUAGGUAUGGAUACAGGAAGUAUCUGUGAGUUUAUUCUGUCAGAGGACUACAACAAAAUGACCCCGGCGCUCACAUACCAGGCCCAUCAGGGCAGAGUGGCGGUGGUGCUCUUUGUGUUGGAGAUGGAGUGGCUGCUAAGCACCGGCCAGGACAGAAACUUCACCUGGCACUGCUCGGAGAGCGGCCAGCAGCUGGGGACGUAUCGCACCGCGGCCUGGGUCUCAGGUCUGCAGUUCGAUGUAGAGACCAGGCACGCCUUUGUAGGGGACCAGUCUGGUCAGGUGACCAUCCUGAAGCUGGAGCAGGACAGCUGCAGCCUGGUUACCACCUUCAAAGGACACACAGGUAAUGUGACGGCUCUGUGUUGGGACCCGGCUCAGCGGGUGCUGUUUUCCGGCAGCUCUGACCACUCGAUCAUCAUGUGGGACAUCGGAGGGAGGAAAGGCACUGCCAUCGAACUGCAGGGACACAAUGACAAAGUCCAGGGCCUGUGCUAUGCCUCACACACCCGCCAGCUCAUCUCCUGCAGCUCAGAUGGCAGCAUCGUCAUCUGGAACAUGGACGUGACUCGGCAAGAGACUCCAGAGUGGCUGGACAGCGACUCCUGUCAGAAGUGUGAGCAGCCUUUCUUCUGGAACUUCAAACAGAUGUGGGACAGUAAGAAGAUCGGCCUGCGACAGCACCACUGCAGGAAGUGUGGCCAGGCCGUGUGCGGCAAAUGUUCGUCUAAGCGCUCCACCAUCCCCCUCAUGGGCUUCGAGUUUGAGGUGCGGGUGUGUGACAGCUGCCACGAGUCCAUCACCGACGAAGACCGAGCUCCCACUGCCACCUUCCACGACAGCAAGCACAACAUUGUUUACAUGCACUACGAGCCCACCACGGGAAACCUGCUCACCUCCGGCACGGAUAAGGUCGUCAAGAUAUGGGACAUGACUCCUGUGGUGUCGUGAGUUUCCGUGGACACGGGGGCAGCCUUUCGGCUAACUGUGACCAGUCGCAUUUCGAUGAGAGAGAGAACAGCAUCCAUGUCACCUGGAUAAUAUUUAACCGCCAUUUAGCAAGAAAGCCUGGGUUGUGGCGUUCUCUUACAGCGACGACACGGCCGGCCCGAGAGAAGCCUGAGAUGCAACGUCUUGCUCAACACAAGGUCACAGACUGGUUGGUCCUUGCUUGAUAUCUGGAGUAAUCAUGCUUGCACUCUGGGAUACUUUCUGGCAUUUAACCUUGUAAGAAAUGUAAAAUCUUAUGUACUUUUCAUAAAUUUCAUUCCAUUUGAAGAUUGGAGGAGCUAAAAGUCAUCAGACUUGUUUGUUGGAUACUAAAUCAUCGACGUAAUCGCAUUUUUCACAUCAAUAAGAUUUUUUUUUUAAAUUAUCUAAACAAAAAAUACCAUCAGGAGGAAUUCAGGUCUGGAUUAUUAUGACACCUUCUAGAGGCUAAAUUUGUUUUGUUCCUGUUACAUUUUUUUUUUUUUGACUAGUAAAGGUUUUCUCCCUAUUACAUAUUGUAUUCACAAAGGUCAUAAACAGCCACCUGGAAAUUCAUAAUUAUAGUCUGGCCUAAAAGAUUUUUCAACCUGCUUUUUUAUUUAAUUACUUUUCCCGUUAAAGGUAAUUGAUGAACAUUUCAUGUAACAUUUUUACGUAAUGUUAUAUUUCAGACAGUUAACUUCCAACAACAUGUCUGAAACAUUAACCAAAGCAUAACUCAAAGUAGCGGUAAUAAACUACAGCAGCAUGUUUUUUUUAACCCUACCAAACUCUGUGGAUGACGAAUGUUUUGGUCUCUUCUGAACAGUAAUUGACUUUGAGUCCAUAAAUAUCAGCCGAUGGAGGUUUGGAAGUGAUAAAGGAAGUAGCAUUAGGCCAGCUUGUCACUUUAAUUCAGCUUCUUUGAGUUAAUUUUGUGAAAUAAUCUGGUGAAAAUGGUUGCUGCGUGAACAUUUUCUUCCAGUUAUCCUAGUUCAGUGACUCUUAACUACUGAACAGUUCAUUCAGUCGGGUCAUAGUCUACACACAGUGCUAAUUAUGUUUACUUGGUGGUGGUUCUUUUGAAUCCUGUGCGCUCUUUAAAUCAUCUGUUUGGUGCUGAGUAAGUCAAGUUUAAUUAUUUUAGAGGUAGUGAAGAUUAAAUGCAGUCCAAAUUCCUUUAAAAAAAAAACUUUAAAUUUGGAAUCAUUCGUUGGAAUUAUUUUCUUACGUUUCAUAACACACCCAUUGACAGGACACAGCCUUUUCUUUUUCUUAUUUUUGAACGUUUGUGCCGGUCCCCUGUUAUGCCACCCUGAGCAGAGAGCCAUCAGUCAACAUAGCGAUAGAUCUCCACUCCCUACAAAAUAAAUUGAAUUGCCUCAUAAAAUAAAAUUAUGCUUUGUAUCACAAGCCAGAUGACAUCACUGCUAGAUGGCCUGAUGCAUUGUGGGAACCCUUAUUUAUUUUCUCACAAGGCGCUUAAUCAAAGUUUAGCUCGGCUUGAGUAGUUCUGUAAAAAAAAAA